AGCUGUGGUUAUUUCCCACCAUAUUUGUAUAUGGAGAUCGGAGAUCGGUUAUAAAGGAAGGUCAGAUGAAUCCUGGAAUCUACUAAACCGAUUAAUUCCCUCACAGAAAGAAGACGGUGGACAGAUUUUCAACUGCUAUGGGGAUACUCAAAUUCUUCAUGGGUAACUCCCACUCUGGGUCAGACAUGUCUGUGAUAGUGGGAGAGGGGCGGGUCAAAGCCUGGAGGGUCACCAGAAGCAUCACCUACUACUGCACCAGCGAUACCCCUGCCCCCUCUCCUCCCACCUCCUCCUUAUCCUCCCAUCUAGACUCUCCUCUUCCCUCCCCCCCCUACUCCCUCUCUGCCCCCUUUAUCUCAGACAUGCCCUCUCACCCCACCGUUUCCUCAACUCUCACCCCUUCAUUUUCGGAUGUACCAACCCUCUCUCCAUCCUCGCCCACCUCCUCCCCCCGUCCCCUCCUCCUGCUUUUCCCGUGGCUGGGCGCCCGACCGGGGGCCAUGGCGAAGUACCGGGACCUCUACCUGGAACGCGGCCUGGACAUCCUAUCUGUGGAGAGCACUGUGUGGCACUUCCUGUGGCCUCGCUGGGGGAUGGAGUAUGGGGCUGAGGUCCUGGAGGUCCUGGGAGACCCGCGUUUCAAAGGUCGCCCCCUUCUGGUCCACGCCUUCUCCAUCGGCGGGUACACCUUCACCCAGCUGCUCAGCCAGAUGGUCAGGGAGCCACACAAGUACCCAGGCCUGGCUCAACGGGUCGUAGGACAUGUCUAUGACAGCAUGGUGGUCGGGUCGCUGGAGCAUAUGGCUAAAGGCCUGGGUCUGACCCUGUUCCCUCGUAUCGAGCCCCUGGUGCGAUACACUGCUCUGCUCUACUUCUGGCUCUUCAAGUCCAAGACGGUGUACUACUACGACAAGUCAAUCCAGGUCUUCUACAACAGCCCCGUCACCUCCCCGGCGCUCUUCUUCUUCUGCGAGAACGACGCGCUGUGCGACCCCGUCGCCAUGGAUGCGACCAUCUAUAUCUGGAGGAAGCGGGGCAUUGCUGUGGAAACCGGGAAGUGGAAGGAGUCUGUGCACGCUGCUCAUCUACGCUGUCACCCGGAGGAGUACCUCUCCAAGUUGGAAAAAUUUAUGAUCUCGCUCAACAUCGCCCCCCUCAGGGAGAAGAUGUAAAUGGCUCAUGUGCUAAUCACAGUAGGGGGGGUUGAUAAUUCAAUAAAGCCUGCAUACUCAUGUUCAAAGGAAGUCUGCAUUAUUUACUUCCCGGUUGCAAUAAUAACAACCUAUCUCCUAGCAUUUGUUUACCUAUUAUUAUUAUCAUUGCCAAGGCCAUGUGGCAACAUGUACAGUUAUAGCAUCUUCAUUUUACCAGCAUUGCUGUAGCAAAAUAAUCCUGCAGCAGCAUUUAGUCCAUAAUGUUCCUUGAUCGGUGGUUAGGCUAUUAGCUGGACAAAAGUUGGCUACAUGAAAAGUGCAAUACUGUUAAUAUAACCGUGUGUUAGUGUGGGUUUUCAGUGAAUUUAUGUAAAUGACCAAGGCUCAUCUGUAUUUCUUGUGGUCCAGGAUCCGAGUUUGGCAAACCCUGGUCUGUGACACAGUCCAUACGCACCAGAUAACAGCAAGGUCACUAUGUUAACGGUGAACCAUAUGACAGACACAGCUCACUAUAUGUUGAUUCGCAAUGGAUAUUUAUUUAGUAUUUCUUGUAAAUAUUGAUUGUAAUUGUUUUUACAUGAGUAUAUAUUCAUUCUCAAUAGCUGGUGACAGGGAGUACAGUGGGAGAGAGGAAGAGAGAGGGAGAGGAAACAUUUUGAAGAUGAGAAAGAACUGAAGAGGAGGAAUACAGAAAGGAGUGGGAGGGUUUGAAGAAAGGAACGAAAUAGAAAAGAAACACAGGAGAUAGGGAAGAGAUAAUAUGAGAGAGGUGGAAAAAAGAGAGAUAGGCUACUGAGAAGUCUGGACAAGAAUUCAAGAUGAGGUACUGUAUAUUUAAACCUCUUCAGUCACAGAGAACCAGGACCUGUUCUGGAAGUAGGUGUCUGUCAAUAGUAGUGUAGUGAGUGACAAACAAUCUGUGGGAGGUUUUCUUAUCAGGCAUUUCCGGCAACUGUUGCAUAUUCAAUCUAGUUUCUAUUAAACUUUUUUUUGUCUGU